AUGGAAAUCUCAGCCCUCAUCGUCAUGUUCUUGCUCUCGGUCGCCAACGCUGGCCGCUACGGAGGGGGCGGCGGUUACGGCGGUCACCGAGGCUACCGGGACGACUACGGCCAUCGAGAUGAUUACGGACACCGAGGCUACGGAGGAGGAGGAGGAGGUGGCGGGGGCGGAGGGGGUGGAGGAGGCGGCUACGGGCAUCGUGGCUACGGCGAUGACUACGGGCAUCGCGGCUACGGUCAUCGAGGCUACGGAAGCGGUGGUGGCGGAGGAGGAGGCGGCGGAGGUGGAUAUGGUAGAGGUUGGGACCGUUACUAG